GGUAUGUAUGCCGCAUUCCCAACGUUUCAAAUGGGCGAGGUUAAUUUUAAUCCAGCGAAGUCUUUUAAUGACAGGUUGGGCCUUGUCAUUGAAAAGGCGUCGCCAUGCGAUCCCCGAAAUCGGAUGCAUGAUAUGAAAUAGGGUGGGAUGAGCUGCCAUUCGCCGACAAGGCUUCGAACAGUUGGAGCUCACGUCCCAGUCGCCUGAACGCUGGCCUUCUCCGGGUGCCAACAUUGCCAUCCAUAGUCUGUACUUGGACACACAAAGCAUGGCUACGUCCCUCGCCCCUCCCGGAUCUCACGCCCCGGCACCCACGGACUCGGACCUGCCCGGCUCGGUGCUGUCGCUCCGCGAGGCAUCCCGGAAGCUAGUGCGAGAAUGGGGCUUCCUCCGGCCAACCUUCAGUCCCUUCUCCCUCUCGCCCGCUGCCGUCCACUGCAUGAUCGAGAUCGGCGACUACGGCCGGCGAUCCGUCUCUGACCUCUGUAACGAGCUGAAGGUUACUCCGGCCCAACUCUCCCGCAUCUUGGCAGAGUUAGUCUCCAACGGCAUCGUCCAGAGGGUCCAGGAAGGGGAAGCUAGCACGGGGCACCGCGAGAUUUACACACUCUCCGCGGCCGGAGCGAGCACCCUCGCCGAGAUCAACGCGUACGCUCAAGAGCAAGUCACGAAGGCGCUCGCGGCGGCCCCGCCAGGGGCCGGUACGAGCAUCACGGCAGCGUUUCAGGCCUACGCAACCGCGCUGGAGCGAUCGAGAUCUAGUCGAGCCGACGUCGCCCCGGCCCUCGCACCCUCGACGGCCCCGGAGCAGCCGCCGGCGCCCCCAGCAGUCUCCAUCGUGGCCGGCUACCGCCCCGGCGUCCUGGCCCGCACCGUCGAGAUGCACCUGGACUACUACUACCCGAGGAACGGAUGGGGCCGCGAGUUUGAAGCCAGCUUUUCCGCCACCCUCAGCGACCUGAUACGCCGCCUGGAUCGGCCAGUGAACCAGGUCUGGUCCGCCGUCAUGACGACCCCGGCUCAGGACCCGGCGGCCUCGCCCCGGGAGCGGACGGUAGGUGUAGUGUACGUGGACGGCGAGCGCUCCGGGCUGGAGGGAGUGGCGCGACUCAGGGCCUUCAUCGUCGAUAAGUCGGCCCGGGGCUUGGGUAUCGGGAAACGGCUCUUGGCAGCGGCGAUGCAGUUUGUGAAAGACACUGGGUUUCGUGAGUGUCAUCUGUCGACGUUGCGCUCCCUGACUGUUGCCAGACGCUUGUAUGAGAGAGAGGGGUUUAAGGAAGCUGGCGAAUCCUGGUUUGAAGGGUUCGGAAAAGGGCUAAUGGAACUAAAAUACGUCUGGCGCCGACCAGAAGAAUCCUGAGUGAUCACGACCUUUCCAUCGGAUUUCAUG